AUGUCAGAACAGCACCAUGAUUCCACGUUCCAUCGCACAGUUUCAGAGCCUUUGCUUCUGAGUGACCAUGAACACGAGAAACUGAUUGAAACCGGGUCUACAAUAUCGCAAUUACCGCCAGAUAUUGACAUGAACAAGCUAGAGAGAGGCGAUCUAAUUUUCGAUCGUCCAAUAGCUGACGAAAAUAGUCCACUUUCAUUCAAGCCAUCAGCAUCCAAAUAUAAUUCGAUACCUCUGAAUGACGAAUUUUUGAAUCUCAAAGGUCAACCACAUGCACAGCGGUCGCUUUCUGCGCCUGUAGAAUUGCAUGAACAACCAGUUUCCGCGCAUACUGAUGAUAAUUCCAGUGGUAAUCAGAAUCCCACUGCUAGCGGGAAUAAUUCGUCUUCGAUGUCUUUUCUGACUGCGUGGUUAUGGAGGCUUUACUACGGCAACAAAACGGUUUUUUAUGCAGUUAUUGGCUUCAUUAUCGUAGGGACAACCAUUUACACAGCUUUGACGGGACAAGGAUCCAAAUAUUACGUGGUCAUACUUAGAGCAACCACAUGCUACGUAUUGGGCGCUGAUAGAGCUCAAUCGGUUUUCGGCAAGAGUUUUUGUGAGUUUGGAGAGCAUCGAACAUGA